CGCACGCGACACAACACUUGACAAAAUGGCCACCUCGCUCCGCUCCAUCAAGUCCCUCGUCCCGCUGCUCGACCGCGUGCUCGUGCAGCGCAUCAAGGCCGAGGCCAAGACGGCCAGCGGCAUCUACCUCCCCGAGUCGAGCGUCAAGGAGCUCAAUGAGGCCAAGGUCCUGGCCGUCGGCCCCGGCGGGCUGGACAAGGACGGCAAGCGCAUGCCCAUGGGCGUGUCUGCCGGCGACAGGGUGCUGAUUCCUCAGUAUGGUGGUUCGCCGGUCAAGGUUGGCGAGGAGGAGUACCAUCUCUUCCGGGACAGCGAGAUCCUGGCCAAGAUCAACGAGUAAAAUGGAUACACCCCGAAAAAAGAUACCCAUGAAGCAAUGAAAAUGUGUACUAUAUAAUGUACUAAAAUACAAGCAUGCAUGUCCGGAUCCUGGAAGAGCGGACACUUCGCGGCUGCAUCAUUCAUAGGGCAGUGGUGAUACUUGGUGUUUUGGGCGCCGAACUCAAGGAAUAGACUUCAUCUCCACUCUUGCCGAGAUGUUCUACUUGGUCGGUUGCCGCCAAUUGCUGACUUUGACAGACUGCUGCAGUUAUCCGGCCUGGUGAUGUCUUUUCGUUCAUGAUAGCUGGAAGAUGGGUUGCACUCUAGCUCGGCAGAGCCGCGAUGGCUUAAACCGAGCUAUCCCGCUCCCGCUCCGAGCUGGUCGGCACAGUACCUUUGCCGCCGGCAGAUAUAUGGAUGCGGGUUCAGGACUUCUUGGCUUUCUCCUCGGCCUUCCUGGUUCUGAGGGGACUGUAUGUGAUGAAUAUAUAGGGUCGU